AUGUCUCACUGGCUUUUGUCCAUCUCGGUGGCUUGGGGUAUUCUCUUUCUUGUCACCAAACUCUACAAGGACCGCAAAUACUCUCGUCUCCCCCCCCUACCACCGGGAUGGCUUGUCAUUGGGAAUCUGCUGGACCUGCCACUGUCGUCAUUGAUGUUCAAGAAACUCACCGUUUGGUCCAAAGAAUUUGGUCCCAUAUACACAUCUCGCACUCUCAACAAACGUGUUGUAGUAUUGGGGAAUGCGAAGGUCGCCGGAGAAAUCUUGGAUCGAAUGUCUUCCAAGACCGGAGGCAGACCAGAACAGAUCAAGCAGAGUAUAUGUGCCGAGGUCGCAAUAUUGCCUUCAUGCAACGUAACGCACUGUGGAGAACCAUGCGCCGAGCUGCACAUGACACGAUCACUCCUCGUGCGGUUGAACAAUACGCCUCAGUACACGUAUCCGAAGCGCGUUCCCUGGUCUUGGGCCUUCUCUCUCACCCGCAUCUUUCGCUUCGUGUCCAUAACCCACCGAUUCUCCACAUCCGCUGCCAUGCGUACUUUGUAUGGACUGGAGGGAAUGUCUAUAGACGACUCGGAUCCCAGCCAAAAACUAGUGGAAGUGUCGGACAGGCUUUUCGAGACGGUCAAGCCGGGGAAGAAAGGUAGUUGUGUAACGUUUUCACAAUCGACAAUCGAUUGGCGUAUUUCCAGGAAAUCCGAUGCUUUCUAUCAGCAAGUCACAAACUUGUAUAAACAGUGUUAUUUUUCCGAAGCACCCGGGAGUUGCAUUAGCCGAGACUUGAAGGAGAAGAAGUACCCGGGGUUGGACGAUGUUAACUCAGUGUGGUUAGUGGGUAUUCUCCUUCUGGCUUCCCAGGAUACGACCAAAGUGGCCCUCCAAUACUUCUUCCUGGCUAUGUUGUUGCACCCCGAAGUCGCGAGGGAAGCACAGAAACAGCUUGAUACCGUCAUCGGAUCCCGUCCACCGACAUUUGAGGAUCAAUCGAACUUACCGUAUAUUGAAGCGAUCCUGAAAGAGGUGCUCAGAUGGCGACCUCCCACUCCAGGCGGUCUUGCGCAUAUGACAACAGACGACAUUUCUUACGAAGGAUAUCUCAUACCUCAAGGAACCAUGCUUAUUGACAAUAUUUGGGGAAUGACGCACGACCCGGAACUCUACCCAGAUCCUGAGAAGUUCGAUCCCUCCCGGUUUCUCACACCCGAGAACGAGCACCGGUCACCAUCCCCUGACACGCGGGACGAUUAUCUCACCUUCGGGCAUGGACGGCGCGCAUGCCCAGGCCGCGACCUUGUGCUCCGUGAGCUAUGGAUUGUAUGCACUUAUGUCCUCUGGGCUUUAGAGGUCAGAAAACCGAUGGAUGAACACGGUCAAGAGAUCACUCCUGAUCCUGACGCAUUUAUCGAUAUCGGUGCCGUAGUAUGUCCAUCGGUGAUGUGGGCGACGGCGAUACCGCGAUUUCCGAAUCUCGCAGAACUUAUGAGGCUCGCUUGA